ACGUUGGAAGUGUUGACGUUUGUGACAAACUCAAUAAAUGGUGGUGUUGUGUUCCAUUCUAAUUGGGGAGGAUCAAUUCUAUUCCAGUUCUCUGGCAAGUUGUCCUCAAUUCCGAUCACCUUCAGAAAUUACCGAUAGACACCGUCCGCUCCUAUUUCAAUGAUCUAAUCCGCGACUCGGACCCAGCAAGUUUUGUAACGCUCUCGUUCUAUAUUUCGUUCUUUGACAGUUUAUGAAAAAAGUGUCAACAAUUACGAGAUAAGCGACUGGCAAGAUGAAAAUCAAAGAACUACAGAAGACUGUGAACGUCGCCUGGUCGCCGGUGCAGCAAUAUCCGAUUUACCUGGCGGCCGGCACAGCUGCGCAACAGCUGGACGCCUCCAAUGCAGUGCCGGUCCUCGAAGUUUACUCAGCGAAUUUGGUCGACGCCAGCUAUGACCUAGAACUGAAAGGAUCGCAACCCAGUCAAUACAGAUUCCAAAAAGUCGUCUGGAGCCCGGCCGGCAUCGGGGGAGCGCAUCAAAAUGGGCUCAUCGUCGGCGGCUGCGAAAGCGGACAUCUGCAGAUCUACAGCGCGGCCAAGCUUCUCGCCGGCGAGGAAGCUUUGGUUGCGCAUCAAGACAAACACAGUGGACCCAUUCGCGGGUUGGAUUUCAAUCCUUUCCAGCACUUCCUGCUUGCCUCCGUGGCAUCCGAGUCCGAGAUAUUCAUCUGGGAUUUGAACAAUACCUCGACCCCCAUGGCGCCUGGCACUAAAACCCAGCCCCUGGAAGAUGUCCAGAACGUUGCAUGGAACAAGCAGGUGCAGCACAUCUUGGCGUCAGUGUUCAGUACGCGAUGCGUCAUUUGGGAUCUUCGCAAAAAUGAGCAGAUCAUCAAAUUGAGCGACACGCAGUCGAGGGUGCGCUGGAGUUCAAUCCAGUGGCACCCGGACAUCGCUACACAGCUUUGGCUGGGCUCGGAAGACGAUCAGGCUCCUUACGUGCAGUUGUGGGAUUUGAGAUACGCAACAGCUCCGGCGAAAAUCCUUCAAAUCCAUCAGCGCGGAAUGUUGGGACUGACCUGGUGUCCGAAUGACUCCGAUCUGAUGGUUUCCUGUGGAAAGGACAAUAAGAUUUACUGUUGGAAUCCUAAUUCUGAUGUGGUUGGAGGCGAAAUUCUUUCGGAGAUCGCUACGACCGUGCAGUGGUAUUCCGACGUUCAGUGGUGCCCGCGAAAUCCUGCUUUGCUGGCCAGUUCCAGUUUAGACGGGAUGGUGUCGAUUUACUCAGUUUUCGGCGGAACACACCAACAAGUGCAGACAACGAACAAAAUCGCGGAUUCGUUCCCAGGCGUGGAUCACUUUUCACAGGCUCCUGUUCCGCAAGCCACUCAGGUUGUCUACUCCGACUUGAAAGUACCUCCAAAGUGGAUGAAGCGGCCAGCGGGUGCCUCAUUUGGGUUCGGCGGCCGUUUGAUUGCAUUCAAUCGGAAAUCCCCACAAAACGUGACGAUCAGCCAAGUAAUCACUGACGCGGAACUGGUCGAACGAUCCAAUCAACUGGAGACAACUCUGCAGCAAUGCAAUUACUCGGAAUAUUGUCGGAUGAGGGCGGAUCAGAUGAAGGACCAACACGGCCGCUAUGUGUGGUACUUCCUCAAGGCGAACUUUGAGCAAAAUCCACGCUCUGAGAUGCUAAAUUUAUUAGGCUACAACCCGGAAGAUGUCGCGAACAAAUUCCAAAAAUAUUCAAAACAAACCAAAGACGAUUAUGGCGUGGACCAAAUCACUAAUGACAUGGCGGCGUUGAGUAGGCAAGCAGGUGAUAACAAUGCUCUGUUCGAUGCGAUUGCUGCUGGGAAUAAAUCCCUCUCCGAACUCUCUGAAAAGAAGACUGCCCAGUUUAAAAUCAAGACUGAUGGAGAUGAUGAAGGGCUAAUUUGCCAGGCGAUAUUAAGUGGAAAUAUUGAAGCUGCUGUAGAACUAUGCAUGGAAUCCGGACGACCAGCGGAAGCAAUUAUAAUUGCCAUAACGGGAGGGGCUGACCUUCUAACACGAACUCAAUUCAAAUAUUUAGAGAAAUCUAAUUCGUAUCUAGCAAAUAUUAUUUCAUCGUUGGUAGGACGAGAUUGGUCGAAUGUUGCACAACAAUGUACAGUUGAUUCUUGGAAGGAGGCACUUGUGGGUAUUUUAACUCAUUGUCAAGAAAAUACCAAGGAUUUAUGUGAGAAAUUGGGCGAGCGGCUUGAAAAAGAAGGUGAUAGCGAACUAUCCAGAAAUGCUAUUUUGUGUUACAUUUGUGCUGGAAAUAUCGAAAAAUUAAUACAGUCAUGGAUAAAUUUGAACAAAUUGAGUUCGGAUGUAUCGAAAAUGAGCACAAGCGAAUUGCAAGAUCUCGUGGAAAUCAUAAUGCUUAUGCAAAAAUCCGGAGAGGUUCAGGGUCGCUACAUUGAGCCUACUGGAAAAUUAGUUGACUUUUUAUCUCAAUACGCUGGGUUGUUGGCUUCACAAGGGGCUUUGGACUCAGCUUUAACCUACUUAGGGCCAUCUGAUAAUCCGGAAUUAGCGGAACUACGUGACCGUCUAUACUAUGCAUUGGGAUACAAAAAACAGGCGCAACAACAACCAUAUGCACGAGGAAGUUUGCAGCCCUCAUCACAGGCUUAUCAGUACGGCAGGCCGCCAGCACCCGGAAAUCGUUUCGGUCAAAGGAAUUCAAUCACAAAUCCAACAGCCCAACCAGCAGCACCUCUAACGAAUAACUUCAAUACCGGCUUACCAGGAGCGGUGAAUGCACCUAGCCAGCCACCAUUACAACCUUGGAAGCCUCCUGCACCUGUGUCAACCUUCAAUCCCAUGCAACCUCAAGCAGUUCCUCUGACGUCAAUGCCACCAAUGCCACCGGGACCUCUUAAGCCACCCACAAUAAACGACGGCAUAAUACAACCACCACGGCCAUCCAGUGUGGGUUCCCAAGGAUCUACACCGCUCACUCGCAGCAAAUACGUCCUGGAUCCGUCGGUUCAAUCUGGCCCCAACUACGGUCAAAAUAUGAACAUGUACAAUACUCCAGCAACUCAACCGCUCAAUGCGAACCCGCCUAAUCCAAUAAAUCCGAUGCAAUUCAAUCCAAAUCCAAUCGGUUCUUCCGCUCAGCCAUCAUAUUCCAUGCCACAAAACUUCCAACAGCCAGUGCCACCCAUUCAGAAUAACUUUAAGCCACUAACACCUAACGCGAAUCCCAUCCCAAAUCCUGGUUUCAAUAAUCCAGCAUCAUAUUUGAGUGGCGUACCGCCAAUAGAGGUAGCGCAACAGGCUAUGCCGCCUGUUCAAAAGAAUCCAACGCCACCACCAGGUUGGAAUGAUCCACCAGCUCUGCGAUCGACUCGUCAACAGGUACAGUAUAACGAUCGAAACAAAAUGUCUGCUGAGCAUGCAGGAACGAAAAAAUGGCAACGAAUCAUUAACUCUUCACAUUCGCACUCGACAACAACACAAGGCAACUUCCUUUGCCAGCCGAAAAGUGAACCAGCACCUGUAGCUCCGAUUACACAUCCAAUAUUUGGGGUAGAUCCCAAUGCAAAUCAAAAUGGAUAUGUUGAUCCGAAUAACGCAUUCAACAAUCAGUAUCAGAAUCCGGCGCAACCCACUCCUAUGCCCAUCCAGUCCAUGCAGCCACAAACGAAUUUCUCCCAACCACAGCAAAUGAACUUCCGACAACAGGCUAUUCCGGACGCAUACGCCGCUCAAGCACAAGAAGCUCAGAUGCCCGUGAAACAAGAAGUUCCGAAAGAGAAGCCUCCACUUCCAGAGGAAUACAUUUACAUGCAAACCGUACUGGAGGAGCUGAAGACUCAGUGCAUAAAUGCUGCAACAGAUCCGCGCACGAAGCGAAAAGUGGCAGAUAUAGCCAAAAAACUGGAAUGUUUAUACGACGCUCUACGUGAGAAUCGAUUAACGCCUAAUACAUUGUCGGCAUUGAACCAAAUAGUGCAAUACGUUCAAAUUGGUGACUAUCACAAUGCAAUGGGAAUCCUGACUGUUAUCGUUUCCGGUCCUGAUUUCUCGCAAACCGCCAGCUUUAUGCCUGGAAUUAAAGUCCUAUUGCAAUCUGCUAACGAAUUGAAAGUUUACUUAAGAUAGAAUUUAAAUAAUUUGAAAAACAUAAAUUAUCAUGAGGUAGAGCUAAAUAUUGGAGAAGUAUGUGCGGUCAAUUAGGUUUAAAACGGAAAAAAAGGAACAUAGAAAGGAGAAACUUAGUAAAUCGCUUAUCACAUUCUAUUGUUUUGUUAAAGUUUCGACAUUUUAUAUCAUUUGCGCUGUAUAUGCAGACAAUGCGUUUAGUCCUAAAAACUUAUAUAAAAUAAGGAGAUUUUCGACUCGGUUCGUGUCCAUCCUACGGUCGCAUUUUUAUCAUUUGUAUUUUAUCUUCUUGUCGUGAGAGAAGAGAAAAUUAUAUAUAAAUAUAUACUUUGUUAAUUCUAACAAUAAAAAA